GACGCCCGGGCGGCUCGGGAAUACUUCCGGAAGGCAACACCGAGCGCCCGCGAUGUGAGCUUCCGGAGGCUUGCAGGGUGCUUGCUCAGCCCCCGGGGCCACCUUGCUACCGAGUGGGCUCGGAACCGGGGACUAGGCGUCCUGAAAUCUCUAACCAUGGACCGGGACCUUCUGCGGCAGUCGCUGAAUUACCACGGGCCGUCUUUGCUGUCCCUGCUCCGUAGCGAGCAGCAGGACAAUCCGCACUUCCGGAGCCUCCUGGGAUCGGCAGCCGAGCCUGCCCGGGGCCCGCCGCCCCAGCAGCCGGCACCGGGCAGAAAAGAGAAGAGAAUCGAUAACAUUGAAAUACAAAAAUUCAUUUCCAAAAAAGCAGAUCUGCUCUUUGCACUUUCGUGGAAAUCAGAUGUACCUGCGACUUCUGAAGUUAAUGAAGACAAUGAAGAUCCUUAUGCAGUCAUGCCACCUUUAGAGCAAUUCAUGGAAAUACCUAGUAUGGAUCGCAGAGAGCUAUUUUUCCGAGAUAUUGAGCGUGGAGAUAUAGUGAUUGGAAGAAUUAGUUCCAUUCGAGAAUUUGGGUUUUUCAUGGUGUUGAUUUGUUUAGGCAGUGGCAUCAUGAGAGAUAUAUCCCACUUGGAAAUCACAGCUCUUUGUCCAUUAAGAGAUGUGCCUUCUCACAGUAACCAUGGGGAUCCUUUAUCUUAUUACCAAACUGGUGAUAUCAUUCGAGCUGGAAUCAAGGAUAUUGACAGAUAUCAUGAAAAGCUUGCAGUAUCUCUAUAUAGCUCAUCUCUUCCACCACACCUAUCUGGUAUUAAGUUAGGUGUAAUUAGUUCUGAAGAGCUUCCUUUGUACUACAGGAGGAGUGUUGAACUAAAUAGCAAUUCUUUGGAAUCGUAUGAAAGUAUCAUGCAAAGUUCUUUGGGAUUUGCUAAUCCAGGAGUAGUUGAAUUCCUUCUAGGAAAACUAGGAAUAGAUGAAGCUAACCCACCAUCUUUAAUGAGAGGCCUACAAAGCAAAAAUUUCUCUGAAGACGAUUUUGCUUCUGCAUUAAGAAAGAAACAGUCUGCAUCUUGGGCUUUAAAAUGCGUGAAGGUUGGAGUUGAUUAUUUUAAGGUUGGGCGCCACGUGGAUGCCAUGAAUGAAUACAAUAAGGCUCUGGAAAUAGACAAACAAAAUGUGGAAGCUUUGGUAGCUCGUGGAGCAUUAUAUGCAACAAAGGGAAGUCUGAACAAAGCAAUAGAAGAUUUUGAGCUUGCAUUGGAAAACUGUCCAACUCAUAGGAAUGCAAGAAAAUACCUCUGCCAGACACUUGUAGAAAGAGGAGGACAGUUAGAAGAAGAAGAAAAAUUUUUAAAUGCUGAAAGUUACUAUAAGAAAGCUUUGGAUUUGGAUGAGACAUUUAAAGAUGCAGAGGAUGCUUUGCAGAAGCUUCAUAAAUAUAUGCAGAAAUCUUUGGAAUUAAGAGAAAAACAAGCUGAAAAAGAAGAAAAGCAGAAAACAAAGAAAAUAGAAACAAGUGCAGAAAAGUUGCGUAAGCUCUUAAAAGAGGAGAAAAGGCUAAAGAAGAAAAGAAGAAAAUCAACUUCUUCCUCUUCAAGUGUUUCUUCUGGUGAUGAAUCAGUUUCUUCUUCUUCAUCUUCUUCCUCUUCUGGUCACAAAAGGCAUAAGAAACAUAAGAGAAACCGUUCAGAGUCUUCUCGAAGUUCUAAAAGGCAUUCAGCUAAGGCAUCCUCAAAUCAGAUAGAUCAGGAUAGGAAAGAUGAGUACUUCCCAGUUCCAGCUAAUACUUCAGCAUCUUUUCUUAACCAAAGACAAGAAGUGGAAAAACUACUGGAAAAGCAAGAUAGGGUACCAUAUCAAAAGAAACAGGUAAAAGAGAAAGAUAGGUGCCCUCUCUCUUCAUCUUCACUUGAAAUUCCGGAUGAUUUUGGAGGUAGGUCUGAAGAUUCAAGAGACUUUUAUAAUAGCUAUAAAACUCAGGCAGGUAGUAGCAAAACAGAAAAGCCAUAUAAAUAUGAAAGACAUUUUUCCAGUAGAAGAGAUUCCUCAGAUUCCUUCUCUAGGAAUCCAGAAGACAAGUUAAAAAGUUGUGGUUAUAGAAAAUGUGAAAAAGAUGCAGAGGGAAGAAAAGAGCACUAUAGAAAGUGGGAGCCAGGUUCCAUGAGGUAUUCCACUUCACCAGCUGGCUCUGACCACUCUUCUAAGUCCGUCGAAAAACAUAAAAAAUGUAGUUAUUCUGGAUCACGUGAUUUCAGUAGACAUGAGCAAAGAUGUCAAUUAAGUAAAAAUCAUAGAGAAUAUGAAAGAGAAUAUAAUUAUGAGGAGGAUAUUAAAACAGAGGUUUCAGAAAGAGAUGAAGUAAAUAGCAAAGAGCAUUCAGAAAGUGUAGUUAAAAAAAAUUUACCUCAAAAUUUACUCAAUAUAUUUAAUCAGAUAGCUGCAUUUGAAAAAGAAAAAGGAAAUAAGCAAAAAAAUUAAUGUGCCAAGGGAAUCAGCACUAUGUAGCCUAUUUACUAAAGGCUGUCAAAAGUUUUUGGGUCUUUUAGUUAUAACAGCCCAGUGCAGAAAUCUCUGCUCCUAAAGUUAUCUUAUUUGUAGAGAUUGCAGAAAGCAAAUGCUUUUUAGCUAUUCUCAAACUAUAUUUUGUUUCAGUUGUAGGUGCCCAUUCAUAGCUUGAUUUGUAGGCUUUCAUAAAUUAUGUAUAGUAUUUCUUACUCUGAUGAUUUAAACUUCACUUAAAGAUAAUUCUCAAAGUAUUGUUCAUUGUAUUAUGGUGUAUGAGAAUUCCUGGGGUCUCCCUUAUCCUGUUUGAGAGAAAAUUAAAUUUGUGUAUUGAACACUUGGAUUGUUUUCAUCAAAAAUUAUUUCUUUUUUCUGUUAAAAGCCCUCGGCUUUUGAAAGA